ACGGAAGUACUUUCGAGUUGUCUCCAUAGAUGAAGACUGUCCGAGAGAACAAAUUCGCUUAACUUUCGGUAUUUUAAUAGCUAAGUAACUCUAUUUCGUCGUUAAAUAUCGCGCUUUGUAUUUUAUCUGACCAGAUAAAGUGGUGUGCUCUAUGACAACGACUUGUUAUUCUUAUAUAUUAACGUUAAUAUCCUCCGACUGUAAUUGAAACUAUCUUAUCCGGCUAGCGUUAGCUUAACUAGGCUAACCUCCCCAUGGCACCUCUCCGGGUUCUGUGCAUUCAUGGUUACCGUCAGAACGGCAGCUCGUACCGUGAAAAGACGGGAGCUCUGCGGAAGCUGUUGAAGAAACAAGUGGAGUUUGUUUACCUCAGCGCACCGCACAGUGUGCAGCAAGCCAGUAGUGAAGCUCUAGAGAAGGAGAAUGGUUCAGGUCCUGGACCUGGGGGCGACGAGGACCCCAGGGGUUGGUGGUUUUCCGACGUCCAGGCUCGGAGUUUCAGUGCUCAGCAGCACUGUGAAGAAAGCCUUGGGCUCGAUGAGAGCGUGACGGCUGUGAGAGAAGCUGUGAAGGUCCAAGGUCCAUUUGACGGCAUCCUAGGCUUUAGUCAGGGAGCAGCUUUUGUGGCCAUGUUGUGCUCUCUUCAGGAGCAAAAACUGGAGCCAGAGUUUAGCUUCCGCUUUGCCAUCCUUGUCGCUGGUUUCCGCAGUGCAUGUAAGGAACACCAAAAUUUCUACAACCCUCCCCUUCAGAUUCCCUCACUACAUGUGUUUGGACUGGAAGACAGAGUCAUCCCUGACAACAUGAGCAGGGAGCUCCUACCCUCCUUCCAAGACCCUCAGGUCUUGACACAUCCUGGUGGCCAUUUUGUUCCUGCUACGUCUGCUCACAGACCAGCCUACCAGGACUUUCUCAAGAGGUUCCAGUGACAAACGAAUGUCACAGAAAGGCAGUCAGUUGCUGAAUAAGUAAAGAGCCAUGAAUAAAACUUAAGCACUUAAGUGUUGUUGCACUUGAAUGUUGAUUAUUUAAUGUUCAGAGAAAUCUGAUUCCAGAGGCACUAAAAAUGUAAAAAGUUCAGAGUCAUGACCUCUGUUCUCAUUUUUCUUCUCUGAAAAACUCUGUUCUGAUGCAUCCAAAACAAUACAAUGACUACUGUCCUUCUCAGGGAAGAUGUCUUGUAACAGACAAUAAAUUAAGUGGCAAUUGUUCAUUUAAUGUACUCUGGUCUCUGUUUCUUUUGUGAACUGUAAAAUAUCUUUAAAGUCCCCUUUAUUGAGAGUCUAUUGCUUGAGUCAUUGUCAAUGCAUGACUUUUUCCUUGUACUACAUAUGUUUCGGUUUAUCAUAGCAGAAAAAGUGUAGUUAAUAACAUUCAUUAUGGCUUUGUUUCAAUAAAGUGUUAUCAAUUA